AUGAGCUCUCCCAUCCCCCCGAGCACGAACAGGACGAAGCGAAGACGGUCGGACGCUGAUCUCGCCUCGACUCCUGGCGCUCGAUCUUCCUCCCCGCCCCCUUCCUCUCUCCCUCCCUCGUCUCCCCCGGCGCCAUUCUCCGACUUUGGAGACGACGAGGAUGUUGGAGAUGAUGAGGAGGCUGAGAUGCGCGCGCGCGGUCGACGAGACGCCGGCGACGAGGACACGGACGACGAGGGCGAAGAUCUGUUCAACGACGACAACCUCCAGCGCGACUACGAGGUGAACCCGGAGCUUGACCGGUACUCGGAUGCCGGACUCGAUGACCGGAGCAGCGUACAGGAGAUGUCGCGCGCCGACAGACUCGCGGCCGAGCGAGAGAUGGCGAGGCGAGACCGCGGCCUGACCGGCGGACGAGCGGCGCGACGAGGACGUGUCCCGACCUUCCUGCAGAGUGACGACGAUGACGAUGGAGCCGUCGAUGGCGGUCUUCUCAGCGGCAUUAACACCCGACGAACGCGUCGUCAGUACGAUGAGCGCAUGGACGAGGACGACAUUGAGGAGGACGAGAUGUCGCUUGAGCAUCUCGGAGACGUCAAGGCCUCCUCCAUCAGCGAGUGGGUCUCGAUCCCGCAGGUCCGAAGGGCUGUCCAGAAGCACUUCCGCAGCUUCCUCAUGACCUACGUCGACGACAGCGGCCAGUCGGUCUACGGUCAGCGCAUCAAGAACCUCGGUGAGAUCAACUCCGAGUCGCUCGAGGUAUCAUACAUGCACCUGGCCAGUUCGCGUCCCAUUCUUGCGUACUUCCUCGCCAACUCGCCUCAGUCGAUGCUCUCCCUCUUCGACGAGGUCGCCCUCGAGGCCAUCCUGCUCUACUACCCCGCCUAUGACCGUAUCCACUCGGAGAUCCACGUCCGCAUCACCGACCUGCCCUCCAGCAAGAGCCUUCGCGACCUCCGCCAGAGCGAUCUCAACUGUCUUGUUCGCAUCAACGGUGUCGUCACCCGCCGUACCGGUGUCUUCCCGCAGCUCAAGUAUGUCAAGUUCGACUGUGGCAAGUGUAAGGCGGUCCUCGGCCCCUUCUACCAGGACACCACGAAGGAGCUUAAGAUCAGCUUCUGUUCACAGUGUGAGAGCCGCGGACCGUUCACGGUCAACUCGGAGCAGACGGUGUACCGCAACUACCAGAAGAUGACGCUGCAGGAGGCGCCCGGCUCCGUUCCUGCCGGUCGUCUUCCCCGCCAUCGCGAAGUCAUCCUUCUCUGGGACCUCAUCGACAGCGCCCGUCCCGGAGAGGAGAUCGAGGUGACCGGUAUCUACCGCAACAACUUUGACGCUUCCCUGAACUCGAAGAACGGCUUCCCCGUUUUCUCCACGGUCAUCGAGGCGAACCAAAUCACGAAGAAGGAAGACAUGUACGCCUCGAUUCACCUGACAGAGGAGGAUGAGAAGAUGAUCCGCACGAUGGCGAAGGACGACCGCAUUGCGAAGCGCAUCAUCAAGUCCAUCGCUCCCUCGAUCUACGGCCACGACGACAUCAAGACGGCCAUUGCGCUGUCGCUCUUCGGUGGUCUCACGAAGGACAUCAACCGCAAGCACCGCAUCCGUGGUGACAUCAACGUGCUGUUGCUCGGUGACCCCGGUACUGCCAAGUCGCAGUUCCUCAAAUAUGUUGAGAAGACGGCCAACCGUGCGGUCUUCACGACGGGUCAGGGAGCGAGUGCCGUCGGUCUUACGGCUUCUGUGCGCAAGGACCCUGUCACUCGCGAGUGGACGCUCGAAGGAGGAGCCCUUGUGCUCGCGGACAAGGGCCACUGCCUGAUCGACGAGUUUGACAAGAUGAACGACGCGGACCGAACGUCGAUCCACGAGGCGAUGGAGCAGCAGAGUAUCUCGAUCUCCAAGGCCGGUAUCGUCACGACACUGCAGGCUCGUUGCGCCAUUGUUGCUGCUGCAAACCCGAUCGGUGGCCGGUACAACCCCACGAUCCCGUUCCAGCAGAACGUCGAACUGACGGAGCCGAUCCUGUCGCGUUUCGACGUGCUGUGUGUUGUCAAGGAUGCGGUCGACCCUGUCAAGGACGAGCACCUCGCGCAGUUCGUCGUCGGCUCGCAUCUCCGCUCGCACCCCGACUUUGACCCCGCCACAGACGAGGUCGCGGUCAACACGACGCAGGAUGCGGACAUCAUCUCCCAGGAGGACCUGCGCAAGUACAUCAUGUACGCGAAGGACCACAUCCAGCCGAAGCUGUACCAGCUGGACCAGGACAAGCUUGCGCGCCUGUACGCGGACCUGCGUCGCGAGUCACUCGCCACGGGCUCCUUCCCGAUCACGGUUCGUCACCUCGAGUCCAUGAUCCGUAUGGCCGAGGCGUCGGCCAAGAUGCACCUGCGCGAAUUUGUGCGCGCCGACGAUAUUGACCUCGCGAUCCAGGUCAUGGUCGGCUCGUUCGUGUCUGCGCAGAAGGCGUCGGUCAAGAAAACGCUGCAGCGCGGCUUCAGGAAGUAUGUGCACCAAGCGACGGAUUCGGACGAGCUGCUCGCGUUCCUCCUCGGCCAGAUUGUCAAGGAGCGCGCGCAGGUGUACUGGCACCAGCGCGGACAGAUGCCGGACAAGGUGACGGUGAGCGUGAAGCAGCUCGAGAGCCGCGCCAAGGAGGUCGAGAUCUACGACAUCAACCCGUUCCUCAAGAGCGCCCUCUUCAAGCGCAACGGGUACAGCGUGCACGACGGGCUGAUCGAGAAGUCAUUCGCGCCCGUAGAGGAGGAAGAGGAGUAA